AAAGUCCCCUGCCCACCACCUACCCUGCCGCCAGCUGCAAGUUGCCAGAACCAGCUACAUACACACCGCACUUACCCAAAUCUUUACGCUUUCAAGACACUUUCUUUCGCUACCGGCUUCUCAUAUUGUUGUUUUCCCGAACCAUUUUAUUCAUCCGAGACACCACCUUGGAUUUCAUGGGUCUUGCGCCUCAGCCAUGGCCUCUCCAUUCGACAGAGCGCCGUCGCGGCGCCCAUCACUGCUGAAUACAUCCUCCCAUGAUGGGGAUAAGGACCUGGCGCAUUCGCUCAAGCAGCUGUCUCUUUCGACGUCGUCGGCUAGCCACUCGCCCCGGGCCUCGAGCGCCCUGUCUCCGAUGAGACCGGCCGUAAAUCGAACAUCUCCGGCACCGAGUCCUCGAGCCCCGUCUCGAAGUCCCUCCUUUGCGAGGGAGCUCUCCCGGUCUAGAUCUUCGACGCCGACGCUGCAGCGCUCUUCAACACCAACACUUCAGCGCAAGACCUCUACGAGUUCCUUGCACUCUGUGAGUGGCUCUUCAAGCCGAACGCCCAGCCGAGCGCCAUCGAGGCGGACUAGCAUGGUGUAUGCCUCUUCUCCGGUUUCCAAAUCCCCUUUGCGACCGAGCCCCCCUGAGUACAUCAAGCCUGCGCCUACAGCGAAUACGGUCGCCCGCGAUUACUUCAAGACCGAAUUGGAGGUUCACCACUCACCAACUUCGACUCGAGCGACCGAGACCCUCGUCAUCCUCCACGAUGCCUGUUACGGACACCGUUUCUCCCGACCCAAGACCUCUAAGGGUGCCCUCAGCACCAUCGUUGAGCGGCCUGAGAGAAUCAAGGCCGGGGUUUUGGGAGUUGCCAUGGCCUACGUGCGACUCGGUGAACGGCACUGCGAUGGCGCAUAUGCGCUGCAUCCAAGUCUAGAUCCCUCCACUAUUCCGACGAUUCCGUUUCGCAUCUACAAGACCGAGCGAAGAUUGCCCCUGACAUCGGCGGCCGUCACCAACGUCCACGGUACCAAGUGGAUGGAGGAGCUCAAGAUGAUGUGUGAAGGAGCAGAGAUAAAACUGGCGACUGGUGGGAAGGAGCUUCAGAGGCCAGAAUUAAACAGGGGAUCGGACGGACCGCCCGCAAAGUUCCACGAGGGUGACCUCUAUCUUUGCUCAGAAUCGCUCGAGGCCUUUGAGGGUGCGCUGGGUGCCGUCUGCGAAGCCGUAGACCGAGUUUUCACAUCGGGUCCUCGACGAGCCUUCGUCGCUGUACGUCCGCCGGGACAUCACUGCUCAGCUUCUUUCCCUUCGGGGUUUUGCUGGGUUAAUAACGUCCAUGUCGGAAUUAUGCAUGGUAUUCUGAACCACGGUCUUACCCAUGCGGCCAUCAUCGAUUUCGAUCUUCACCACGGAGAUGGCUCCCAAGCCAUUACUUGGGCGCAUAACUCACGAGGAGUGAAUGCGGCCAAGAACACGGCAGCUUGGAAGAAGGCGUCCAUCGGCUACUUUAGUCUUCAUGACAUCAAUUCGUACCCCUGUGAGUGGGGUGAUGAGGAGAAGGUCAAGAACGCCAGUCUGUGUAUCGACAAUGCCCACGGCCAAAACAUCUACAAUGUUCACCUGGAAUCCUAUGGUUCAGAGAAGGAGUUCUGGGAGCUCUACGAGUCCAGAUACUCAGUUAUCCUGGAGAAGACGCGCAAGUAUCUGAAAAACCAAGCAGCUCGUCUUCGCGCUCUCAAUCUGCCUCCUAAGGCGGCAAUCUUCUUCUCGGCUGGAUUCGAUGCUAGUGAGUGGGAGACGAAGGGUAUGCAACGUCAUAAUGUGAACGUUCCUACCGAGUUUUAUGCUCGUAUCGCUCAAGAUGUGGUGAAGCUUGCCGCAGAAGAAGGCUUGGGGGUUGACGGGCGCGUUAUCAGCGUGCUUGAGGGUGGUUACAGUGACCGAGCUCUUUACUCUGGCAUAUUCAGCCAUCUGAGCGGACUCUCAGGAAAUCAGACACCACCGGAAGAGCCUACUCGGGGUCGCUCUUCGCUCGGUGGCGAAAUGGCAGGGCAGAUUGCAGCAACCAUUGCUGGCGAACCAUCACUGCACCCUUACAAACCGUCAUGGUGGUCGAGCUCCGAACUCGACGAGCUAGAAGUUGCGAUGGGCAAUAGACCAGUCAGCCCGAAAAUGAUACGGCACUCAACCCCGCCCACAUACUCAACUCCCACACAGGCAUCGAUUGGUAAGUCCAUAGAUCCGGCGAGGAUGAGACGGAUGGCCUCCGGCUUGUCGAAUGGAAUGCCAUAUUCGCGACCAGCAACACCGCCUCCCCCUGAUGUGCCAUGGACCAUAGCAGCCCAUGAGCUGAGCAGGCUACUCAUCCCGUCAGAUCGCCAAGUCGACAGCUGCCAACCUGAAGACUUGAACGCGGAGGCGACAAGGGCCCGGAGAGACCGACAGUCGAUUAUUAACCCUGAUCUUGUGCCGCCGGCGCCUGCUCCUGCGCCGAAGCCGAAGCCAGCAAGCAGACCAACCUCGCGGAUGUCUCUGAGGGAACGCAAACCAGCGAAGCCUGGCUUGUACGUUGAUGCAGACGAUGACGAUGACAAGCAGACAAGUAAUCGGCGGAGGACGGUUGCGGGCCCUGCUGCGCUAUCAUCGGACAAAGUUUGUCACUCGCAGUAUCUCAACGAAACUCAAACUGACGUUACUACUAGGCAACGGCUCGAGGCAUACCCUCUGGUACAAAUGGAGCAGCUAAGCGACCCGGUCGACGCCUUAGUGGCGUGUCUACUGUGGCUGCGAAUGCUCCCAACACAGAUUUCGAGGGCCCCGGAGUUCCAGCCCAGCGUCCGGACACUUCUAUGAGUGUGCGACCAGACACAGCGAUGAGCAUCAGAACUCAGAGCGCUACAUCCCUGAACGUCAAAAAGACGAGGGCUCCCGCAGUCAAGAAGGAUGCCCCGAAAACUACAAGAAUUGUGAAGAAGCCUGCCGCAACAGCGAAGCCAUCUCCUCCCCAGCAGACUGGGCCAUCACAGCCGCCUCAAAGGAAACCGAGCCCAGCUGCUACAUCCGAGGACGACAUGGACAAGCUGACUGCCGGUAUGAAGAAGGUCAAGAUCAACUUGAUCACCAAGACGCAGAAAGAAGAGCGAGCCAGGGCAGCUCAGGCAGCUCAAGCCGCUCAAGCC